UGACAUCACAGACAACAAACGUCUGUUUAUCAACGGAGAUUGCUGUUAUUUCAAUAUGUCGCUGUCAGGGUACGCGGAGGAUGGACAUGGAUGCCAGGUUAGACUUUCCUCAAGUUUACAACAAGACAAGAAGGUGGAUGAGGAAAAUGGGUCGAUCAUAAACAUAAUUAUCGGAGUAGUGGUAGCUACCAUUGCUUUUGGACUUAUCGUUGUUGCUAUUUGCAAAUUGAUUGUAAUGAAGAAAUGUAAAGGUAAUAGUGUUCAUUCUAACGAUACUUCCCUGAGCGUGCCCGAUGACCCUUUCGCCAGCUUAAAUCAGCAGCGACCCACGACGGCACCAGUAGCAACAAAUUUUACGACAAAAAAGUUCCCGCUGCUAGAGAAAGAUUACCUUAAAUCGUACAAAGUACGACCUACGACUGGAACAGGACUGUCGCGCCCUCUAUCAUCACGUCCUUCAUCCGGGCAUUUUAGUUUAUAUAUAAACUCAAGACCCACCUCCUUAAGAUGACGUCAGCAGUCGAAAUUAAUACAAAGGCAAAGGAGUUUUCCGAUAUGCAAUCCAUCAGGAUAUAUACUAUGUAUAGAGACAGACAUGAAGUUGAACUAUGACCUUUCGUUCGGUAAACGAAAAUGCAAAGGAAAAUCAUUUGUUUAGGACUCGUUUUCUGACGAAGGGAUCAGAUCGUACAAGCAAACCGAAAUGUUCUGCUAAAAGAAAACAGCCGCUAUGAAAAGGAGAUAACUAGAUUUUUAAAAAUACGAUUAGGAGUAACGAAUGGAUUAACUAAUAGCAUCUGAUCAAAUUAAUCGCCUUGUAGAACUCCACGAAUCAGUUAGUAGUGCACCCUUACCUCACACCAGACAUCUGUCCGACAAAAGUAUACCGUUAGUUCCUUUAUCUGGUUCGUACCACUUGAACCAAAUGGGUACGGUAUCACAUGGCAAUUGAACCCCAAGGGAAUUUCCAAGAUGGCGGCCGUCGAUCGUGUCAAGAAUAAACACCGAUUACAUUGUAUUUUCCUUUUUACAACGUUUAUAGAUUUACAAUUAGCAAUAGUUCCGUCAAACAUUGACAUAUAAUUAAGAUUUCAUCUCAGAUGGAGAGUUCUGGUCUUGUUUUUUCCAAAAAAAGUACAUAUGCAUGACAGACGAAGAAUCACAGUAACGCCAUAUUGAUCCAAAUAGUACGUUUGAACGAUCAAUGAGAAUCGGUUCGGUUGCCUUAAUUACGUUUUCUAUAUAUUUUUUUAUAAUAGAAUAAAUGGAAUUUAAUAUGAUGCUUACAUGUAUCUGUUAUAAUUUCGAAAUGCGUGAUAAAUCACAGCACGCAAAUAUCAGUACGAUCACAGUAAUAAAUAUUUUGGACAUGAUAUGUCAAUUAUAAAUGAUUUCAUUUUUUUCUACGUAUAAGUUUAUGUGUUACCCAUACAUUGCUGGUUAUCAAAAAUAUAUGUUUGUAGAAGUAAACCUCCAGCAGAAGGGAGGUAACUCCGGUAUACUUUAGGUCUCACAAAACUAAUUCAGCCAAUCAGCUGGUGUUUCACCUGAACCAAGUCCCUGAAUAAGAUGUGUUUCCUGGGUUUGUAGCUA